AACUCCACAGCAUAAAUCGAGAAAACAUAAAUUAAAAUGGCAAAGCUUGCUAUGCUGGUUUUGGUUUUCAGUUUAUUAAUUGCACUCGUUUUGUUAUCAUCAUGCCCAACAAUGUCUCAAGAAGUUGAACAUGAGAGUGAGUUUAAUUACGAUGAAAAGAGCAUGAAAGGACCACAACAUUGGGGAGAUAUUAAACCCGAAUGGAGUAUGUGCAAAAAUGGAACAAUGCAAUCACCAAUUGAUUUGUUGAAUCAGAGGGUUCAAAUUGUAUCCAAUCUUGGAACACUUCAGAUCAACUACAAGCCCUCCAAUGCAACUCUUAAAAACAGGGGUCAUGAUAUCAUGCUAGAAUUGAUUGCGAACUCAAGCUAUCUACAAAUUAAUGGAACUCAGUAUGUACUUAAACAAUUUCAUUGGCAUUCUCCCUCUGAACACACUAUAGAUGGCAAAAGAUUUGAUCUAGAGUUACACAUGGUACAUCAAACUCCAUCAGGACAAACAGCAGUUAUUGGAAUAUUGUACAAGACUGGAAGACCUAAUCCUUUCUUUUCAUUGUUGAGAAGUGACUUAGAGGCAAUUUCUGAAAAAACAGAGGAAGAAAGAGCACUAGGUGUAAUUGAUCCUAGGUGGAUCAAUUUUGGCAAAACGCAUUAUUAUAGAUAUAUUGGUUCGCUGACUACUCCAUCAUGCAGUGAAAAUAUUACUUGGACAAUUAUUCAAGAGGUGAGAUCUGUUUCCAAGGAGCAAAUCAAAUUGUUUCGAGUUGCGGCUCAUGAUGAAUCAAACAGUAAUGCAAGACCAUUGCAACCAUUAAACGACCGCUUAGUGCAGCUUCAACAAACCUAAAGAAGAUUAACGUUGAAGUACUUCAAAUGCAUUCGUGAGGACCAGAAUAUGAUUGGGAAAUUUUAUUUUGUAGGAUAGCGAAUAAUGCAUUUUCACACUCACUAAGCUUAUUAUUAUUUAUUAUUAUUAUUAUUAUUAUUAAUUGCUGCUA